AUGUCGACUCAAAAUUUAUCAUUGUUAGAAGACCAACUUUUAUUGUCCAAAGAUGAAACAAUAGGAAAACUUAUCAAAGGCGCAGACCAAUAUUAUUAUUAUUUUUUUUUAAAGAUCUUCAAUGAACAUGGAUAUCAACUAACUUCAGAAUAGAAAUAAUAAUUGUUAGCUAAUAAAAACAUGCAAACAUAGCUUUCACAGAAAACUAAUUUGAGAGCUUUAUUUUUGGAGUAUGAUUAUUUAAGUAGCUAAACUCCAUCUCAAGAAAUUUAGUAGCGAUAAAAGGAUAUAGUUGAUUAAAUCAAUUAAAAAUACUUAAAAUUUACUUUUAAUCAUGCAGCACCUUUCAUUGCAAGGGUAACAGUUAUUUUUUAUUUUAGGGAUGUAAUCAAACAGCGCAAUCUGUAGGGCUAAACUAGUAAAUGACAGCUGGCAUAUCAAAAUUAGAUGAAACUAUUUUUGAAAUUAGCAAAGGCUUAAAAAAUGCUUAUACAGAAGUAGGAUUUGCUUCUCUCAAGCCAAAAUUAUAUGGAUCUUUAGAUAUUGAUAAAAUCGCUACAAGCUCUUAAAAUGUAAUAAAAAAAUACUUAUAAAAUGUUGGUAAUGAAAUUAUCGAGUAUUUAUAAUUUAAAUUUUUUAAGUUUUCCUGGAAUACCUGAAUUCUAUAAUUAAUUAUAUUGUUUUUAAGAUUUUAAGAAUAAUUUUUCUUAAGAUCAUUUUAGAAAAUUGAGUUUAUAAUAAAUGGAAGAAUUACUUCAAUUAAAUAAGUACUUUUUAGAAAAUUAAGAAUUUGUUGGAGAGUACUAUCUUAAAAAACUCUAGUAUGAUCUAAAAAAUAUCUAAUAUUCUAAAUUAACUGAAGAUGAAAAAAAAUAAAUUUUAUAAAAUAUCAAAAAUGUAUAAAAUACUCUACCUUCAAAAUUUAAAUCAUUUAAUGAUUAAAUCCUUUAUGAAUUAUUAUAAAUAGGUAAAGAAUGAAUUCAUAUUUUUUAGGAAUUGAAUUUAAUAUAUAUGAUUUUGAUUUAUUUUUGGAUUUCUUAAAAGAUCCAAAAUAAAAUUAUAAUUCAGUUAAUCAAAAAUAUUUAACAUUUAUAGGAAAUAAUAGGAGAAAAUAUUAAUAAUGCUGGCAUGAAUAUCAUAAGUUUAACACAAGAAGAUGGAUGGAUAUAGAUUAAUUAAUCGAAAAAUACUUAAUAAAAUAUUUGGAAAAGAAUGAUGAAUUAGCCAUUUUAGAGUAAUAUAUGGAGACUAAAUAUUUAAAAAAAAUUCAAGCAAGAGUUAAAUUGUAUCAAGGUCAAGAAUUAUAAAAUAUUUAUUUUAUCAAAUUAGGAGAUAGAAGAGAUGAACUUAAGUAAAUUAUUGACUAUAUGCUCAUUUAAUUAAAUGUAUUUUAAACAUGGAGAUUUAGUUAAAUUAUAUGUUGAACUUAAGAAUAUUCCAAAAUUAAAUAUUAAAAUAUUUGAAUUAAAUUCUGAAAAUUAUUAUUUAUAAAAAUAAUAAUAAUUAGAUACUUCAAUCAACUUAGAUAUAUAAUUGCAUUUGAAGAAACUGAUUUUACUUACACCUAUCCACCGGUUUAAAAAGUUAUUAAAGAAUUUGAAUUUUAAACUAUAACAAACAUUUAAAGAGGUAUAUUUAUAGUAGAAUUUAUUGGUAAUGGAAUAUUAUCAAGGGCAUUUAUAAAGAAAGGAAGACUUUAAUUAAGAGAAACAAUGACAUCAGCUGGUCAUAGAUUCUAAAUUUUUAAUGAGAAUUUUGAAUUAUGUGCAGGUGAAAAAACAGGAAUUUGGAUUGAUAAGAAAUUUUACAAUAUGGAUUAAUAAAGAAAAGAAAUAUUGAUUCCCUUUGGCUAAAAAGAUCAAUAAUACAAUGCAGUUAUUGUUCAUGAUAAUUUUGCUGAAUUUACAACUGUUUUUCUAUAGUAAGAAUAGUAUCAAUUAAAAUGUGCAUUUUUGGUGGCUGGUGAAUCUUUGCUGCAAAAAGGUUAAAAUAUUUUAAAUGAAAAAUCUAUCAGAAAUUUUGAUUGA